AUGGCGGGACCCAUCUUCCAAGAUAUCAACAAGGGCAAGUCCGCCGGCGGCCGCUUGUUCAGCGUGCUCGCGCGCGCCCCAACAAUCGACGCGGACGCGCCGGGGCUCGAACCUGCGUCUGUGCAGGGCGAGGUUGAGCUCAAGGGCGUCGCGUUUGCAUACGUGAGCGGCGACGUGCAACCGGCGCGCCCCGAUGCUCCCGUGUUCCGCGACUUCAGCCUGCUGGUCCCGGCCGGCAAGACGGUCGCCCUCGUCGGCAGCAGCGGCAGCGGCAAGUCGACCGUUGUGGGGCUGAUCGAGCGCUACUACGACCCGGCCGCGGGGCGCGUCACCCUGGACGGCGUCGACCUGCGGAGCCUCAACCUGGGCUGGCUGCGGCAGCAGGUCGGCCUGGUGAGCCAGGAGCCGACGCUGUUCAUGACGAGCGUUUUCGAGAACAUCGCCAUCGGCAAGCAAGGUGAAUUGGGGGAAAAUGUGGUGUUUGGCGCAACGAGGGAGGAGGUGGAGGCGGCGGCGCGCGCGGCCAACGCGUCCGGCUUCAUUGGCAACCUGCCCCUCGGCUUUGACACCCAGGUCGGGGAGCGCGGCGUGCAGCUGAGUGGCGGACAGAAGCAGCGCAUCGCCAUUGCGCGGGCCAUACUCAAGAACCCGCGCGUUCUGCUGCUGGACGAGGCCACGUCAGCGCUGGACGUGGCGAGUGAGCGCGUGGUGCAGGCCGCGCUGGACGCCCUGGUCGUGGGCCGAACCACAGUGGUGGUGGCGCACCGCCUGAGCACCAUCAAGGGCGCUGACAUCAUCGCUGUCGUAAAGGAGGGUGCCGUGGUGGAGCAGGGCUCCCACGAUGAUCUGCUCAGGGACCCCCUCGGACACUACUCCACGCUGGUCAAGAUCCAGCUGCAGGCCACCGAGCAGGAAGCUGCCGUGGAGGCUGAGCUGGCAGAGGCCCGCGAGACGGGGGCGCCGGUGACCCGCGCUUCAAUCGACAAGGUCGAGUCGCGCCGCCGCUUCAGCGUGGAGCGCCGCAUCAUCGAGCUGUCGCGCCUCGAUGGCCGCACCGCCAGCGGCGCCGCAUCCUUGGACAAGAUCCUUUCCUCGGACGGCCCCGCCUCGGCGGCCGAGGACGACCCGGAUUAUGUGCCGCUGCCGCCUGCAUCAUCGGCCGGCCCCUCUGCGCUCGGGCCCUCCAACAGCGGCGCCCUAGGCGCUGCGGCGAGUGCGCCCCAGGACCUGCGCGCGGUGGUGGUGCACUCCGCGGCGGAGACCGCGGCCGGCCCCGCCGCCGCCGCGGCCGCCGCCGUUGCCGCGCCGGGCGCGGGGAGGCGGCUGGGGUUCCUGCGGCGGCGCGGGGCAGGCGGCAAGGUUGCCAGCACAGGGGAGGGCGAGGAGGAGGGCGCGGGGAAAGUGGCGCCGCCGGUCAAGGUGCCGUUUGGGCGGCUGCUAGACCUCAACAAACCAGAGUGGCCGUGGGCGGUGCUGGGAUCUGCUGCCUCUACCGUGGUCGGGGGUGUGCAGCCCGCCUUUGCGUUUGUGUUUGUGAGCCUCAUCGUUGCCUUCUACGCGCCGCCAGAGGAGAUCAAGGCAAAAGCCUCCUUCUACGCGUGGAUGUUUUUCGCCAUCGCGUGUGGCGUGCUCAUCGCGACCCUGGUGCAGCAGUGGAGCUUUGCCAUCAUGGGGCAGGCGCUGGCGCGCCGCGUGCGCGUGAUGCUGUUCCGUGCCAUCAUGCGUCAGGACAUCGGCUGGUUCGACCACGACGAGAAUUCCAGCGGGCGCCUGUCGACGCUGCUGUCAACCGACGCCGCGUACAUCCGCGGCGCAGUGGGCGACGUGUUUGGUGCCACCAUCCAGAACCUGGCAGUGCUGACUGUCGGCUACGUCAUCGCGGGGCCUCUUGCCCCGCCUCGCGCCGCCAAUGAGCUCUGCUGA